AGACCGGGGGUCUCCCUGGGAGCCUCCGGGGGAUGAGGAUGUUCCGGGGGUGCUGUGCUCUGGGGUCUCUGGGGGGCCCAUGAAUGAGGGGGUGAACUGCUUUCUUGGGCAAACGGCCCCAGGCAAAGAACAGUGUGACUUCGAGGAAGAAGUUGGGGAUCACGCGUCUCCUGCACAACCUCGAGUGACCUGAAGUCAGAGAAGACCUGGGCAAGACCAGCCACAAAGAGAAUGGAGGCUGAGGAUUACAACGCCUCCUACGAGGACUACCCCGACGACUUGGACCCCAUCGUGGUUCUGGAGGAGCUGUCUCCCCUGGAAGGCAGAGUGGUCAGGAUCUUCCUGGUGGUGGUCUACAGCAUCAUCUGCCUCCUUGGGAUCCUGGGCAACGGCUUGGUGAUCGUCAUCACCACCUGCAAGAUGAAGAGGACGGUGAACACCGUCUGGUUCCUCAACCUGGCCGUGGCCGACUUCCUGUUCAACAUCUUCCUCCCCAUCCACAUCGCCUACGCCGCCCUGGACUACCACUGGGUGUUCGGGACGGCCAUGUGCAAGAUCAGCAACUUCCUGCUCAUCCACAACAUGUUCACCAGCGUCUUCCUGCUGACCGUCAUCAGCUUCGACCGCUGCGUCUCCGUGCUCCUCCCGGUCUGGUCCCAGAACCACCGCAGUGUCCGGCUCGCUUACACGGCCUGCCUGGUCAUCUGGGUCCUGGCUUUUUUCUUGAGUUCCCCGUCCCUCGUCUUCCGGGACACGGCCCACCUGCACGGGAAGAUAUCCUGCUUUAACAACUUCAGCCUGUCGGCCACCGGCUCUUCGCCGUGGCCGGCUCACCCCCAGGUGGACCCGGUGGGCUCCAGCCGGCACAUGGUGGUGACCGUCACCCGCUUCCUCUGCGGCUUCCUGGUGCCGGGCCUCAUCACCACCGCCUGCUACUUCACCAUCGUCUACAAGCUACAGCGCAGCCGCCUGGCCAAGACCAAGAAGCCCUUCAAGAUCAUCCUGACCAUCAUCGUCACCUUCUUCCUCUGCUGGUGCCCCUACCACGCCUUCUACCUCCUGGAGCUCCGUCGUGGCUCCGUGCCUCCCUCCGUCUUCAGCCUGGGCGUGCCCCUGGCCACCGCCAUCGCCAUCGCCAACAGCUGCAUGAACCCCAUCCUGUACGUCUUCAUGGGUCAGGACUUCAAGAAGUUCAGGGUGGCCCUCUUCUCCCGUCUGGUCAAUGCCCUGAGUGAGGACACAGGGCAUUCCUCCUACCCCAGCCACAGGAGCUUUACCAAGAUGUCAUCCGUGAACGAGAGGGAGACUGGCAUGCUCUGAGCCUCGCCCGGAAAUCCCCCCAGUGGAUGCUCCCAACCUUGGAGGAGGCUCAAAGCUACACCUUCUGGAGACCAUGGCAGGAACCCUCCCCACCCCCCAACAGUGGACACUCCCAACCUUGGAGACUCAAAGCUAUGCCUUCUGGACACCACAACAGGAGCCUCCUGGGCAACCCACAGAUGCCCACUGUAUUUUACGUGGGGCUGAGCAGUGUUUUUGAGCUGGGAAUCCAGGGUUUGGAACACCUUUCCUGCAGUGCUGCGGUGCCUAGGCUUGGACCAGUAUUCCGUACAUCUUCGGAGACUCGCCUUGACCAACGCAAAGCAAAAAAGGGAGAAUUUUCUAAAGCACUGCCAUGAACUGGGCUGGGCAUAAGACAGAGGGAUUCAGUUACCUACCUGAGCACUUUCCAGGCACGACACAGACAGUUUGCAAGGUCCGUUUCUGGUGUAAGGAGAGGAGGUCAGAGCCAAGCCAGUGUGAUGUAGAUCACGCCUCGCCACAGAGCCCUAUAUUAACAGCUGGCCAGAAAUCCUGCUUUUAAGCCAUUCUUCAGGUCUCGGGCGUGUUGGAAUGCACACACCUUUUCCAGGCCACUUGGGAAGAGAAGGUGACAUAUGAGCACAGAAACUCCUGGGACCAUGCAUUUGACUUUCAGAUCAGCUGGAAAGAUAGACAACAGGUCCUGAGGGGGGCAUGGGGCUUUUUAAUGGGGGCAAGAGAAGGGCUACAGGGCUACAGGGCUACAGCGAAGACUUGGGUCUUGUGGGGGAAAGAAUGGAGAAAGAAAAGACCUUUCAGAGGGCAUGUGACAGGAAACAGCUCACCCUAGAACCCUCCAGGGCAAUGGUGCUGUGUUGAGGGUGGGGUCAGGCUGCCACCCCCUCGCCCAAGCCCUGACCUCAAUUUGCAUUUGUUCCCCUGGGGCUGGUUCGAGGUGGGCAGCCCCCUACUCACUCCAUCACGGCAAUUCUUCCCUCUUCCUGACCCACUGACUCUGGCUGUUGUUGCUUGGAAGAAAACAC